UGCAUAGCUUCAGCAAUAGUCAUGGCUAAUCUUUUAUAUUUGUUUCUUCUGCAUUUAUGUCAUCUUCCUUGCAUUGACUUGUGAGUUAAGACUAGAAUUUUGAUUCAUUUUAUUUAAGUGGCCCCUUUUUUUACCCUCUUCCCUGCUUUAUCUCUAUUAUUUCCUUUGUACGUUUGCCUCCUUCUGCUUGGUGUGGAUAUGUAAAAUGUUCAAUAUAUUUGAAUUUCAACCUCCCAGUUUUCCUGACUUUUGAGAUAUAUAUUUGAGACAGGCUAGGUCCUUAUUUUGAAAUGAUUCAAUGGCAACUUUUGGACUUAGAUGUUUAUACUGUCUUGUUUUCUUUAAUGUAGGGGUUACAAGCGAUUUUUCAGACGAGCAAUGCUUGAAUCAUCGGAUUACCUUAAGGAUGAUUGCUUGAAAAUUAAUUGUACUGUUGGAGUAGUAGUUUCCGCAACAAAUUGUUCCCAGUUAAACUCAAUUCAGGUUCCAGAGUCUGAUAUAGGAGCUCAUUUUGGCAUGCUGCUCGACAAUAUGGAAGGUUCAGAUGUUAUUUUUAACGUGGCAGGGGAAAAAUUCCAUGCUCACAAAUUGGUGUUGUCUGCCCGAUCUCCUUUUUUUCGAUCUAAAUUUUUUGAUGAUGGCGUAGAGGAAGAUGAACAAGAGAUUGUCAUUUCUGAUCUAGAACCUGUGGUUUUCAAGGCUAUGCUGCACUUCAUAUACCGAGAUACUCUCACUGAAGAUGUGGACAUGGCAACUUCUAGCUCUUCUCCUGUCUGCUCCGUGUCUGAAACAUUAACAACAAAGCUGCUAGCUGCAGCAGACAGGUAUGGUAUGGACAGACUCAGACUGAUGUGCGAGUCUCAUCUCUGCAAGGAUAUAUCUGUGAAUUCUGUUUCCAGCAUCCUUGCCUUGGCUGAUGGUCAUCACGCAACAGAGUUAAAAGCUGUUUGCCUAAAAUUCGCUGCUGAAAACCUUGCAGCUGUAAUGCGGUCAGAUGGCUUUACCUACCUCAAGGAGAACUGCCCAUCACUGCAAUCAGAGUUACUGAAGACGGUGGCAGGUUGUGAGGAGGAUUGCAGCAGUGAAGGUGGAAAGUCACGGAGUGUAUGGGCCCAACUUUCAGAUGGUUGUGACACCAAUGGCCGAAGAGUCAGACAAAGAACCUAGUAUCUGGACAUCCAGCUGAUCUUUGUAAAUGAGGGUGAAGACGGAAAAAAAUGCAGAAUAGAAAGCAAAAAAACGUUGUGUAACAUAGGAGGGCCUGCCAUGUUUUUCAGUUUGAACUGGUGGUAGAUUGCGGGUAUGUAUUGUAAGCUGUCAUGUUGAUAACCAUAAGCUGUGUUGUUUACUCAUGUUCUGAGUAUGUAUGGAACAUGGCUUGUGAAA